AUGGCUGCUGACAAAAGCCAACCAUCUGAAUCUUCCUCCGUCGACAGUGUCGCGUCCAUCACCCAACACCCCUCUAUUUCAUAUGACCGAGUCCUCAGGAGCAGAAACACCAAUAAUCCCCCACCCCCAACCGCUCAAAGUCUUUUUAACGCCCUUAAAGGGAGUUCGCGCCGGGAUGACCGGUUUUUUACGACCCCGGAGCUAGAUGAAGUCUUGCUCCUCGCGACAUGCCGUUUUGAUAACUUCCCGGUACCAUGGCAAUCAAUUUAUAUAGAGCCGGACAUGGUAUUCGUCUACGGGUCUAUGAACCUUCCCACAGUUUUGGUCGAGGUGGGCUAUUCGCAGUCAUGGCCAAGCUUAAUCCAAGACAAAGAUGUGUGUUUCCAGGCUGCACCUACUGUGAACGUGGUUGUUCUUGUAAAGUGGAACAAGCGUACCAAUAGUACGGUGGCCGGCUAUCUGGAGCUGUUUCGCCGCGGAGCCCCCACCCCCACUCACAUUGUAAGAUAUUUUUCCUAUAUCAACACCACCCGCCCCCAGACCCUCACUUUCCGCCGUGAUGACGUUUAUCCGCCAGGGACAACGCUUCCCGCCGGGAGAUCCCCAAAUGAUUUGUGGCAAUGGGAUAUUGAUAACUUGCGGAUGAUGUCUAUUCGGGCAAUGAGUGUUGAU